AUGGAGUCUUUGCUAGGGUUUAAGGAUCAACCCAGUAGCGAAGUCAUAUCAGUCAAAUCAGACUGCAGCUUUAAACUGGUGCCAUGGAUUAACUGGGAAGAGUGGGACUUCGUCAAAUCCUCACUUUUUUCUUCUACUCCACAAUCCAUUGCCACAGCCCUUCAAAGGAUAACGGCGUGGCGAAGCAGAGGAUGCCUUCCCGUGGUGAUUGAAGUUACAGCAUCUAUUAUUGAAAUUCAGCAGAAAGAUCCUUAUUUUAGGAAUGACUUAAGUGGGAAAGCUUUAGAUUCUGAGGAUAUGCUGGCAAUGCUAUAUUGUAUGGCAAUAAUGAGGCUUGUCAAUGGAGUUAUUGAGAAGACUCGCAAGAAGAAGGAGGUUUCAAUAGCAGACGCUGCUGGAGCUAUUGGCAUUCCUCGUCUGUUGAUCGAUAUUCGGCAUGAGAGUUCUCAUCGUGAUCUCCCUUCUCUUCACCUUGUCCGGCUUGCCUCUGUAAAGGCAGUUGAUUGGUUGAAAGCAUACUAUUGGGAACCUCAAAAGAAUGCUAUUCCAAAUCUAGGAGAUACAGCUACAAAUCGCCGAUCAGAAAUCAAGCAUAAGUUAUUGGAAUUAGCUUUCUGCUUGAAAACAAGGAGGGAUUCUAGAUCAGAUUCUACUAUAGUCAAAGGGAAAAGUUCCAAAAAACAGGUAAAUAAGUUGGUAAAGAAUGUGAUUCGCUUCUAUUCUUCUUCCUCUGGAGAAGUAGUAGAGGUGCUAUUGGAACUCUUGCUGUCAGCAUUAGAUUCCUUAGACUUGGUAGAUACCCCGGAAGAUCAAGGGAACAAUCACACAGCUGAGAAAAUGCCGUCAGCGUUUGCUCUAUGGAAGUCUGUUCUCCAUAAACUCUUACUCAAGCAACCAGAACUGGUAUGGGGUCUUCUAAAUGCAUUUAUCGGAGCUCUCGAGACCCAAGCCAUGAAAUAUCAAACAGAUCCUGGAGCUCAGUCGCGUCGUUCUGAACAACUUGUUAUCCUGAUUGAGUGGGUUAUCCAGAAUUUCUUAAAAUCUCCUUGUCUUAGUGAUUCUGCGACUGAUACUGAAUGGUCUACUAUGAUGAAGAAUUACUCCAAGGCUGCUAGAUUUGAACUUCUUCGCAGUUGCCUUGUUGCGACCUCCCAUGGCAACCCCCAGUUGAAGUCGUGUGUUCUUGCCCUUGCACGUAUGAUGGAAAAUCAGCCUCUAUUAUCUAAACUUGAAAAAUUCUUGGCAAUUGCUGUACCAGAUGUAAACGCCGAUGAAGCAUCCUCCUCUGAUGAUGGUAUUUCAGAAAGUUUCCUUUCUCAUCAACUAGAAAUGAUUAAUGAAGCUGCAGGAAAAUUGGAGAAACUAAAGAACCAUCUAAAGAAGAACAACAGAGUGGAGACACAAAUUGACGACGGGAAGAAGGGAUGGGUUAAAGUUCAAUCAUGGAGGCCAUGCCCUCUUGGUAUGCUGCCACAUAAAUUUGGUUUUUCCGGCCAUUACCCGAUUCUCGACAACAAAGUUGCCAAUGAUCGAGCAAGUUCCGAAACAGAAACAGAAAAAGGUCAGCUUGAAUGUACUCAAUCCUCUCACAAGAGAGCAUCCAUUUCUGACAAUGACCAUCAAGAUAGAAUGGCUGCCAAAAGAUUGAAGGAAACUGUAGACGAUUCCCUAAUCGAUGACCCGGAAAAUACUACCUUUGAAGAUUUUAAAGGGCAUCUGAUGAUAGGUGGAGUUUGGCAGAAAGUUAAGGAGGAAGAAGUAUCAGCCAUUGCAUCCGCCAUAAGGAUUCUAGUUUAG